AUGAAUACAGAGUUAUCGGGUCGUGUGGUAUUGAUCACAGGUGCAUCAUCAGGCAUUGGGGCAGCCACCGCAUUAGAAUUUGCCAAAUAUAAUUCUAAACUCAUAUCCUUUUUUUGUUCACGCUUUGAGAGGUUACAAGAAUUAAAAUCACAAAUUUUAAACCAGUACUCAGGCACACAAAUUCACAUUGAUGGAGUUGACGUACGAAAUAAACAAGCAAUCGAUGAUGCAAUCGAAAAUCUACCGCAAGGAUUCAAAGAUAUUGAUGUAUUAUUCAACAAUGCCGGGUUGGCAAUUGGAUUUGAACCUUUAGAAAAAAAACCACAAGAAGAAAUUCAGACAGUUUUAGAAACAAACGUAUAUGGAAUAAUAUAUGCUAUACAAGCUGUUCUCCCUGGAAUGAAAGAACGUAAUAGUGGUGACAUUAUUAUGAUGGGAAGUAUUUCUGGUCAACAAAGUCAUGGAUUCGGUAAUUCUAUUUAUGCUGCUUCGAAACAUGCUAUUGAAGGAAUUACCGAAUCAUUGAGGAAAGAGCUCGUUAAAACAAAAAUCAGGGUUCUUAUAAUAAGACCAGGAUCUGUAGAAACAGAAUUCACUUUAAACAGAAGCCGAGGAAGUCCUGGAUUCUCCGAAAUCUAUUAUUCCGGUUAUGACCCACUUAAUGCAAAAGACAUAGCUGAGUGUGUUGUGUUUGGUGCAAAUCGUCCUACGAAUGUUGUGAUUUCAGAAUUAACUGUUCUCCCAAAUGCUCAAGCUGACAUUGUCACUAUUCAUAGAGAUAAUAAAAUUGAUCUCUUCGAUGCUUUGGCGGAAAAAUAUAAUAAAUAA